AUGACCGAUUCAGAAGCCAGACAAAUGCUGGAUAUGUCAAAAGAGGAGGCGCUCAAAAAGUUCACUGCUGGCGUCAAGGCGGCAUUGACCAAGGUCAAUUUCCUCAAGAACCAUGACUUGAUGACGCUGCAAGCUUUGAUACUCUACCUGGUAUCUCUUCAGGGACGAUAUAACCGUCAUGCGGCCUGGGUACUCAGUGGUGUGCUGAUCCGUAUUGCACAAAAGAUGGGACUUCACAGGGACGGAGAGUUGCUCAACCUCACUCCAUACGAGACGGAAAUGCGACGACGACUUUGGUGGCAGAUCAUCAUGUUGGACACGAAAUAUGCCAUGGUAUCGGGAUUCUGCGACACGCUACUGCCAUGGAACUGGGACACGAACACGCCGCAGAACGUAAACGAUGCCGACCUUUUCCCCGGAUCGACCGAACCCGUUCAGCCCCGCGAAGGCCCGACAGAAAUGGCGUUCUGCCUGCUCCUGUACGAAGUUGGUCGAUUCAUUGUCGAAAACCGCAUCCCCGAUUUCGAGGCCGUCGUUCUCGGCGCCAUGGAAAACGACAGUCAGGAUUCUCAAAUAGCGACCCAGACUUCGCUUGCCAAGUAUCGGGCAUUGGUCGACAACCUCGAUGCGAAGCUCGUAGCCCUCGAAAAGCGAUAUUGCGACCCCCUGGCCGGCAACAUUCACAUCGUAGCGACCAAGAUCCGAUCCAUGGUCACUGACAAGAUGCGGGCUAUGAUGAUCCCCAUGCGCGAAUUGCCUGAAUUCGGCACUGAGAUCUUCAACGUGCAGGACAACAUGUUCCGGAUAUCGCUCAUGCACCACGAGCAUAACGUCGAGCUGUAUGACUUUAUGGAGAACACCGGCUUUGUGUGGUUCUUCAAGCUCCAUUUCCAAAUCGAUGUCUUCAUCGUCAUGGCCGGACAACUAUACAAGAGACCGACGGGCAAGCUGGCUGAUCGCGCAUGGAAGGUGGUUGACAGGAUAUAUCAAUACCACGAGGAGCUGUGGGACAUGUCCAAGAAGGAGAACACUCAACUGGGCGUUUACAUGCUCAAGGCCUGGAGAGCACGCGAGCGCGCGCUGGUGCAACUUGGCCUGCCCUACGAUACACCGGUUGCCAUCCCGCGAUUGCAGGAUACCGUGCCGCAGACGAGCUCGGAAGCGUCGUCGUGCGGGCCUUCGCCGGCACAGACGAUGAAGAUGGAGAUUCCUCCGAGGAACGACCAACCCAUGGACCAAUUCCUCGGCAACUUCCUCGACACUACAAACUUUUACGAUUUGGACAUGUGGGCGGACUUGGGCGUUCCCAACGGCAACAUGAACCAGCAGUCUUCGUCAAACAUGUUUGGGCAAUUUGGGAAUUUUGGCGUGCCACCAACGAAUAGAGGAUGGUGA